UGAAUGCUGGGCGGCUGGCGGUGGAGAAGGGUCUCAAGCACGCCACAUGAGUUUCUGGGUCGCACAAGCCUGUCGCCUGGCUCAUCUCAUAUGCAUGGGAUUUGCACACCUCAACCCAAAAUUGGCAAUUGUUCCUACCGCUUCCAGAACGGACUUCAUCAGGCUCGAGCGCUCGAACAAUCGAAAUGGUGGUUGUCAAAGCAUCGAGGACGUCUUUCUCUUCAGGGGGGCGUUGGCGUUCUUCACCAUCUCGAGUGAAGCAACCUCCGUGAAAUCAUACUUACUGUACUGAACAGUGAAGAGACGACUUUGAAGGCG